AUGGAUUUAAUCGAUGGAGAAAGUGGGCUCUUAGUAACGGUUUGGGGAGUGGGGAUAUUUUACCUGCCAGUGCAUUUCCGGUUGCACUGUAAAUCUUUAAUUCAGUCUGCAAAUAGUGCAAGUCCAGUGAUUAGUGCUUAUUAUUCUUUAAAACGGUUUCAUGAUAUUAAUGGUGUGCGUUCUCCAUCCAGUUCUUCUUUAGUUACCAAUAUCCUUGAGGCAGCUAAAAGAAUUUUAGCAAAACAAACAGUUAAGAAAGAAGUUAUGACUGUAGACAUUCUUUCCGCUAUGUACGAUAGGUUGUUUAAGCCUUACGGUUUAAAACAUCAGCGUAUAAUUUGUGCUAGUGUUUUGGGGUUUUCAGGUUUUUUACGAAGCGCUGAAUUGUUGAACAUUGUUGUUUCAGAUCUAGUAUUUUAUCCAACUUUUUUGGCACUUUUUAUUGAAACUAGUAAGACAGAUAAAUAUAGAGAUGGUUCUUGGAUAUUGAUAGCUAGAACUGGUACCAAGUUAUGCCCAGUUGUUAAUCUUGAAAAAUAUAAAAGAUGGGCUAAUUUAGAUUCAAGUGAUUUUUUGUUUUGUAAUAUUAGUAAGACUAAAAAUGGAUUUAAGAAAAGGACAGUUAAUAAGCCAAUGUCAUAUACUAAUUUGAGAGAUGAAUUUAGAUUAGCUUUCAUGCCGCAUGUAAGUGACAUUUCUAAAUAUUGCCUGCAUUCGUUAAGGGCAGGUGGAGCUUCAGCGGCGGCAAAUAAUGGAAUUAAAGACAGAAUGUUUAAACGUCAUGGUCGCUGGACAAGCGAAAGUGCUAAAGACGGUUAUGUUAAGGAUAAUUUAAGAGAACGUUUGUCAGUGUCUUUAGGAUUGUGA